AUGAACAAAAGCAAUCUUUAUAAAAAUGCAAAUAUUGACAUUGAUGAACAGUGGAUAAAGGAUGUUAAAGAAAACAGUAAUGAAGUCAUAAAUGAAUUUUUUGAGUCAAAAGCAACAUCUGAAAUUGUGCCAGAGUGUGACACUGAUAACAAUAUAGAUGCAUUGAAUAAUUCUCGUUGUUCCAGUGAUAAUUCCUCACAUGCAUUGCACAAAUAUUUUGAGGAAAAUAUUAAGCUAUGUAAAGCACUGGGCACUGUUGACUUUAAAGACUGUGUUGGUGAAGUUAUUGGCUGUGCAAAAGUAAAAAAUGCUGAAAAUAAAAGUUCUCAUUCAGCGGUAGAAGAUUUGUAUGACUCUGAUGCUGAAGAAGUUAUUAAUGAAAAUGUUGCAAAUAUUGACACUCUUUUAGAUGAUGCAGAUAUUGAAAACAGACAUGCUACUUUUACAUUUGCACCUGGUGAGGGUCAGCGACCACUAAGUAUUUUUCAAGAUAAAGAUUCAGAGUAUCUGUGUUUCCCUAGCAUAUUUUGCGGUCAAAGGCGAAUUGAUAAUGAACACAGAAAAGUACCAGUUAAUUAUAGUGACAUUGCUAAGUGGGAACUUCGCAGUCAAGAUAGACGUGCAGCAAACAGUGUGCCUAACAUAUUUUUUAAGUUAAAAAAAAUACAGAUGAAGCAAUUAAAUGACAAGUCAAAUUUAGCUGUUAGAAGAAUUCAGACUGGUACAAACAAAUUAACUGCUGCCCAGGCAAGAAAUGGGGAAUGCAUGGAUACAAUUGUAAAGAAUGAUCAAGGUUACUAUUUGUUCAAACAGCUGAGAAACAGUCCAGCUUACUUAGAAUCCAGAAAGAAAGAUGUUUAUGCAAUGCUAAGACAGUUAGGUAUACCAACUUGGUUUAUGUCCUUGUCUUCUGCUGAUACCAGAUGGACAGAUCUUCUUAAAAUCCUUGCAAAUCUAAAUCAAAAAGAUAAGUACAGCGAUGAACAAAUAGAAAACCUAACUUGGGAGCAAAAGAUAAAAAUGAUUCAGUCAGAUCCAGUUACUUGUUCAAGGUUUUUUGACCAUAGAGUUCAAGAGUUUAUAAAUACUGUUCUUAAAAGUGAUCAUAAUCCAUUAGGUAAAGUGACAGAUUAUUUUUAUAGAGUUGAAUUCCAACAACGUGGAUCUCCGCAUAUUCAUAUGAUUGUGUGGGUUGAAAAUGCUCCAAAAUUAAAUGUAGACUCAAUUGAAGAGAUAGCAGCAUAUGUGGACCAGUACUUAAAAUGUUCAAUUAACAAUGAAUUUGUUGGGGCAUUGGUAGACAUCCAAAUCCACAAACAUUCAAGAACGUGUAGAAAAAAACAAGAUCGAAUAUGCCGAUUUGGUUAUCCAUUACCACCUCUGCAAAAAACAAUGGUGUUAUUUCCUCUUGAAAAUGACAAGGAUAAAUAUCUCAAACAGUAUGCAAAAAUCCAGAAAAAAAUGAAUGAUCAGAAACAUGGAUACAAUAUGUCUUUUGAGAAAUUUUUGUCAGAUAUUGCACAGAUGAAUGAGGAUGAUUAUAUCAAAUGCAUUAGAAGUUCAUUAAACUCUCCCAAGGUGUUUUUGAAAAGAAAUCCAAAUGAGAUACGUGUAAAUUUAUACAAUGAUGUAGUAUUGAAAGCAUGGAAAGCAAAUACUGACAUACAAUUUGUCUUGGAUCCAUAUGCUUGUGCCAUGUAUAUUGUUUCAUAUAUAAGUAAAUCCCAACGUGGUAUGAGUAAUCUUAUGUAUGCUGCUGCAAAGGAAGCAAGAAAUGGCAACCUAGAUAUAAAAAGGCAAGUAAGACACAUUGGAAAUGUGUUUUCAAACAGUGUUGAAGUGAGUGCACAGGAAGCAGUCUAUCUAGUUUUGCAAAUGCCCUUGACCAGAAGUACAAGAGACGUUGUAUUUAUAAAUACUUCUGUACCAAACCAAAGAGUACAAUUGUUAAAGUCAAAGUCUGCUCUUGAUGAGUUGCCUGCAGACUCAACUGAUAUCAUGUCAGAUAACAUCAUAAAAAGAUAUUCAAAACGUCCAAAGGCUUUAGAUAACUAUUGCUUAGCUGAUUAUGUGUCACAGUUAGAAGUGAUUUACCCAGAUGAUAAGGAAGAUAUAAGUAAUUCAGAACAAAAUGAUGAUGAAAAACAUGAUGAAAUGUCAGGAGAUGAAUAUUUUGAUGAUUGCCAAAACAUUUGCGUACUGAAAAGUGGUAUAAAAAUCAGAAGACGCCGUAAUUCAAAAAUCAUAAGGUAUGUAAGAUUUAAUCGUAAAACAGAUGAAGAAAACUAUUAUAGAGAAAAACUACUUCUCUUUUAUCCCUGGAGAAAUGAAGAGAGAGAUUUACUUGGACACUUUGCAACACACAAAGAAAAGUAUGAAUCAGUCCAAAAUGCUGUAAAUGAAAAAUGUGCAUGUUAUGAACAUCAUGUUGAUGAGUUAGAAUUAGCAAGAAAUAUGGCUGAAGAAGAAUACAAUGCAUAUGAUGAAAUUGCUCCUGGAACUCAGCAAGAAGAAGCAGAAACUGCUGAAGAAGAACCAGUAGAGUCAGAAACAUUUAUCUAUUUCAAUCCAGAUAGAGUAAGUGAACAAAGAGAAUAUGACAUUGGCAUAGAAAUUGGUUGUUCCAUUUCAUCUGCACAAAUAAGUUCUAAUGAAAAUAUUUUAUCAGAUGAAGAAUACAGAGCUCUUCUGCGUUCGUUAAACUCAAAACAGAAAGAGUUUUACAAUCAUGUUGUUCACUGGAUAAAAACAAAAGAUGCACCUUUAUAUACAUUUCUUUCUGGUGGUGCUGGUGUUGGUAAAAGUGUUGUUAUAAGAGCAUUGUAUCAAACACUAUAUAGAAUGCUUAAUUUGAAAGAAGGAGAAAACUCUGAUGAUGUAAGGGUGCUCUUGUGUGCAUAUACUGGAAAAGCGGCUUUCAAUAUAAAUGGCUCUACUAUUUCGUCCGCAUUUAAGCAGAAGUACAAACAGUCUGAUCAAACAUUAACAUGUGACAGCUUGAACACAUUCAGAUCCAAAUAUCGAGAUUUAUCUGUUGUCAUAAUUGAUGAAAUUUCAAUGGUUAGUAAUACUAUGAUGAGCUUCAUAAAUCAGAGACUGCAAGAAUUAAAAGGCACUCGCAAACCAUUUGGAGGUGUAAGCAUUAUCGCAGUGGGAGAUUUAUUCCAGUUAAAACCUGUAAAUGGUGAUUGGAUAUUUAAUGAUUUAAGUCGUGAUGCUGCAUCUUUGUCCAUGAACUUAUGGAAAGAACUGUUUCUUAUAUACGAGUUAUCAGAAGUAAUGAGACAAAAGGAUGAUUUACCAUUUGCAGACUUAUUAAACAGGCUGAGAAUUAACUCACUGACAACAGAAGAUAAAAUGGUUCUUAAAGGUUGUGAAGUUGAAUCCAGUGCUAAGAAUUAUCAAGUAAACUCCCCACAUCUAUUUGCUGAAAACUAUUACAUGCAUAUUUUCAAUGAUACACUGCUAAACAGUUCAAACAAUCAAAAAGUGUCCAUUCUUUGUCAUGAUUCUGUUGUUUCACCAAAAUUAUCAAAGGAUAAACAAGAAGAGGCUAUCAAAAGAUUGCCCACUGAUCCAAACAGAACUGCUAAUCUUCAUUGUUCAUUGGAUAUUGUUAUAGGGAUGUUGUAUGAUUUAACUGUCAAUACAAAUACUGAAGAUGGCCUUGCAAAUGGUGCGUCAUGUGUUGUAAAGUUCAUAGAGUAUAAACUGAAGGAAACACAACGUCCUAGUAUCAUAUGGGUUCAAUUUGUGGAUUUGAAAGCUGGUUGUGGAACUAGAUUAAAAUGUCGAGGCUUUUAUCAUGAACAAAUAAAUGAAAAUUGGACACCAACAUUUGAUAUCACAAGGACCUUUACAUAUAACAAAAAAACUUUUGAAAGGAUCCAGUUUCCAUUACAACCUUCUGCUGGGAGAUCAGUUCAUAGAGCACAAGGAACAACACUUGAUAGUUUCGUGAUUGACUUAUCCCAAAGAAAAACACGAAAAGUUCCUCACUUUCAUUACGUUGCAUUAAGUAGAGUACGGUCUUUAGAAAAGCUUCAAAUUCUCAAUUUUAAUGAGCAGGCUUUACAAGUUGAUGAAAAAGUUAAAACAGAAAUGGAGAGAUUGCUUAAAGAUGCUUCUCUAGAAUUGUGUUAUGUUCCCUUGGAAUCUAUACAUUUAUUUUCAAAAAUGGAUUUUAAAAUCGCAUUCAACAAUUGUAGGUCAUUAAACAAGCAUUUCAUUGAUGUGAAACAUGAUCAAGGAUUGUUGUCUUGUGAUAUUAUUGGAUUGGCAGAAACUAGAUUACAUGAAAAUGAUAAUGAUACUUCUUAUCAGAUACAGGGAUACCAUUUAAUACGCAAUGACCAGUGUACUGCAUCAACAUCUGAAAGACCUCCACAUGGGUUACUUAUUUAUGUCAAAGCUGAUGUAUUAAUAAAAUCUGCAGACCGCUUUAGCUCCCAGAAUUUUGAAUUUGUUCUUCUGAAUGUUGCAAGAGAAUUAAGUGAAAUGCAAGUUGUAAUAUUGUAUAAAUCACCAAAAAUGUCAGAUUCUGCUUUUCGCACUAUGCUGACAGAGAAACUCUUUCCACAUUUGGUACCUCAUAAACCUUUAGUUAUUCUGGGUGAUUUUAAUAUUGAUGUUUUAAAUUGUCAUAGGGGUGUUUUGCAGUAUUUGUAUGAUAAGCUUAACUGUAAAUUACAUCUUAAUGAACCUACAACUGAUAAUCUAUCAGCAUUAGACUUGAUAAUAACAAAUAUUGAUGCCACUGUGGGUACAGUAGAAACUUACUGGUCAGAUCACAAAAUUAUCUACUGUUGUACAGAAAGAAUUUCUACACAAUAA